CUGACCCCCAUUCCUGUUACAAUAUGGAUCUCGGCGCGCCCGCCGAAACCCAGGUCAACAGCCCCUCGCCUAUUCCGCUGACACUCAACAUCGCCCCCGAGCCAGAUCAAACGAGCGUCGAGACCUGGGAUAUACCGCGGACGGUACGCCUCGACCGAAUCAGACUAGUUGUACAUUCGACGACAAAGAUCAGUCCCCCGUGGGACAGUCUCUCCGGGGUCCACCAUGACGCACACUCGAUAAAACAAGACCUUCAGCUUCAAGACAUAUUUCGGGUUUUGGAGACACCGAUCGCUAUCGGAGAGAUGCUUCACCUUGUCCUUUUACCCGACUACGUUAAUGUGAUGGGACGACGGAAUAUUUUCUCUGCGCACAGCCAUAGCAUGUCGUGGGAGCUGUCGCUCACCGUGGUGGGCAACGCCCAAACUGUGGAUGUGAGCACAGCGGUGGAAUUACUGCCAGAAUGCUGA